CCUGCGCCCCGGGGCCCGCAGGCCAGCAGCUGGCACCACGACCUGGUGCAGAGGAGCCUCGUGCUCUUCUCUGUCGGUGUCGUCCUGGCCCUGGUGCUCAACCUGCUGCAGAUCCAGAGGAAUGUCACGCUCUUUCCGGACGAGGUGAUCGCCACCAUCUUCUCCUCGGCCUGGUGGGUGCCACCGUGCUGCGGGACGGCCGCUGCUGUUGUCGGCUUACUGUACCCCUGUAUCGACAGUCACCUGGGAGAGCCCCACAAGUUCAAGAGAGAGUGGGCCAGUGUCGUGCGCUGUAUUGCAGUUUUUGUUGGUAUUAACCAUGCCAGUGCUAAAUUGGAUUUUGCCAAUAACGUCCAGCUGUCCUUGACCUUGGCGGCCCUGUCCUUGGGCCUUUGGUGGACAUUUGAUCGCUCCAGAAGUGGCCUUGGGCUGGGGAUCACCAUUGCCUUCCUGGCGACACUUAUCACCCAGUUCCUCGUGUAUAAUGGUGUCUAUCAGUAUACAUCCCCUGAUUUUCUCUAUAUUCGCUCAUGGCUCCCAUGCAUAUUUUUCUCAGGAGGUGUCACAGUGGGAAACAUAGGACGACAGUUAGCUAUGGGUGUUCCUGAAAAGCCCCAUAGUGACUGAGCUUCCAAACCCACUGAAUCUGAGGAAUAAGAAACCAGAUUUGUAAAGAAACUCUGGGACAGUGGGUUGUGAUGAAGAUGAUCUUUCUCCUACUCUAUUUAGAUUGGGCUGACUGUACACAUGACUCCGGAAGAAAUGUCCACCUACAAAUGUCUAGAAUAGAAAAGUGGAGACAGUGCUUACCUUGAAGUCUUACCAUGACCGAGCACGUGGUGCCCGCCCGUGCCCUGGAGUUCCCUGUCCCAGGCUGCAUGGGCACCUAGCAGGGACAGUUUCCCAAGUAUUAGAUCACAUUCCUGUUAUUAAAAAGAAGUUGCCAUAUUUUAAAGCCUUGAAUUAAAACUUCAUUACCAACUCUGUUUGUACCAGUGCCCAAAGGAAAUAGGUUGAUGGUGCUUAACAAAGAUGAAGUAUGGUAUAAUAGGAAUAUUUAUCCAAAAGAUUUUUAAAAUAGGGUUGUGUGAAAAAAGCAAAAAAAAACAGGAGGAACAGUGAAUGUAGGGAGGUGGCACUUCACAGGGAUCACGCUGUGGCAGCUCAUGAUCACACUCGCUGUGGUGGCACAGCGCUCACCCCUGCAGUCAUGUGCACAUGCGUGUCACAGGGAGCAGGCCAUGCUUUGUGUAGACAAUCUAAUGAGAGAAAAAGGCAAUGAGAAGUCAUGAUCCUACACUGCGAUCAUGGAAUGUUGACCUCUGUGACGUUUUAUCCAAAAUCUCUAAUCAUCCUAGAGUGGAUAACUGUCUGCCAUGUAUUUUAGUCUCAGUGAGGCAAAAUUGUUUCUCUGUGACUCCAGAGUAGAGAGGUCUAUUUUUUCCACAGCCCUAUGGAACUUGCAAUCUGUGAUUGCCAUGUAAAAAGAAGAGUGCGUACGUCACUGCAUUGCCCACAUGAUGUUUCUAAACAUUCGACGAUAGUGGUGAGCACAAUGUAUUCAUUUAAUGGUAUAGACCAUGUGGACCUAAUUUGCAAGUAUUGGGUCUUAAACUUCAAGUGCAAUGUACAUGAAAACCAAUCUGAGCCUUGUAUCCUCUUAAAUAUUUAUUUUUUUUUUAUUGUCUGAGAU